AUGGAACAUAGCUAUACGUGCCCAUUAGCGUACAAACCCUCCACACGCGGCCUCAGUUCGGCGUUUCAUAUAUUCUGGUGUCGCGUGCCAUAUUCCCUGAUCCGCAUCCGAUGGCGGAGCCUGCCCAACCCAAAAACACAACGGGCCUGUCCCACCCCUCUCCACGGCGUCUUAGCCGAGCUGCGUCGACGGCCGUACCCGCAUGUCCCCAACCCACCGGGCUGCAAGAAGCGAGCCUCUGUCGCCCUGAUUCUACGAGUAAAACCGACCUAUGACCAUUGGCCAGGCUCGGAUACUAUCGCGAAUGACACGUCCUUACCCAUUGAGCAACAGUUGCAGAAUUUCUUCGCUCAGCCGUGGGUCGAGCGUGGGGAUCCGGAGGUGUUGUUCAUCAAGCGUGCUUCGCGCGAGGGAGAUCGCUGGACUGGACAUGUCGCAUUGCCUGGUGGAAAGAGAGAUCCAGAAGAUGAGGACGAUCGAGCGGCGGCGGUUAGGGAGGCUUCAGAGGAGAUCGGCUUUGACUUGACGACGGAUGAUGUGAUCAGCGUGGGCAACCUUCCCGAGCGAGUGGUCACUACGAGCUGGGGAUCGGUCCCACUUAUGGUCCUCUGCCCGUUCGUUUUCCUGACCACCCGCAACGAUUGUCCAACCUUGAAACUCCAGCCCACCGAAGUAGCUUCGACACAUUGGAUCCCACUCCGAGCUCUCCUAUCGCCUUCCCUCCGAACCGUUGAAUAUGUGGACAUUUCACAGCGCUUCGCAGGACAAUACGGGUAUAUGGCCCGUCUGGCUGUUCGAUCUCUGAUGGGCUGGAUGCAGUUCGCGGCCGUGCGACUACUCUCCUCAGAAACCCAGCAAUGUACCUCGGUUCCCGGCUUCGUCCCCGACGACACUACGAAACAGAAAUCAUUGAUAUCAAGAUUCAAAGCUUGGACUUUGAGCAACCAGGCUGAGUCAGGUGAUCUGAACCGUCCUCUGUUACUCUGGGGCCUGACACUCGGGGUCCUGGCCGAUUUCUUGGACAUGCUUCCUCCUCACACUGCAGUCGAGCUGUGGAAAUACCCCACAUUCACGGCGCCCGAUCUCCGAUUGAUUGUGAGUAUCUUGACAUAUAACCUUCGAAAGCGCAAUUCGCGCGAAGUGAAAAUGGGCGCUCGGCCCACGGACACCGCCGCAGAUAGCGAGACCGCCGCGCUGCCUGUUACCCCCGGUGCAGAUGAUCAUGACCACAAUGAAGUAGGUAUUGGAGGCCUAGGUGUUGGUCGCUACUAUGGCCCUGCCGAUCGCACCGCCGAUGGUACCUCGUAUGCGGUGGGUAUCAUGUUGCGAGGAUACUAUCAACGGUUGCGGGUUGCCAUCUGGGUAUUCCUCGCCUGGCGCGCGGCUCUCGGCUCAGCAGCAGCAUUUACGGCCUGGCGAUUCCUUCGUCGACGACUUUAA